GCCUUUUCCCUAUGGAGUUGUUGCUGAGGAGCUUUCAGACUGAGUUUUGGAGAGAACGAGAGCGCGGGCGGCGAUAUGGCGCUGACAAUGACUGCCCAUUAUCUCAGGAAUAACCCGAUUCAUCCGGGACUGAAUUUUAGAGUCCUGCUCAUGCUGUCAUUUGUGUCAGGGGUGGUGUAUGGCAGUCAGGUGGUUGUCCCCCCUAAGGUGAAUGCUGUGUUGGGAAAGAACGUCACCCUCAGCUGCAGGGUGCAGGUGGACACAAACCUCAGCCUGACGCAGAGCUCCUGGGAGAGGAAGCUGCCCACUGGAUGGGUGACUAUGGCCGUGUACAACCCCAUGUUUGGCAUCUCCAUCCCUCCUGAAUAUGAGCGACGCCUGUCCUUCCGCUCGCCCUCUAUGCAUGACGCCACCAUCAUGCUGGAAGAUGUGGGUUUCGCUGACAUCGGCGUGUACACCUGCAAGGUUGCCACCUUUCCGCUGGGCAACACACAGGCCUCCACCACUGUCAGCGUGCUAGUGGAGCCGAAGGUGUAUGUCUCGGCCGGAUCGUCCGCUCUGAUCGACGGUGGCAAUGAAACCACGGUGGCCACAUGCAUCGCUGAGAGGGCUCGACCCCCUGCCGAGGUCUCCUGGGAGACUAAUCUGUACGGCACGUCUGAGGCCCACAUGCAGGACGAUGCCAACGGCACCACUACAACCCAGGUGCACUACACCUGGCAGCCCUCCCGUCACUCCCAAGGACACACGCUAACAUGUGUGGUGAAACAUCCCGCUCUGCAGAGCGACUUCAGGAUACCCUAUAUUGUCAAUGUACAGUUUGCUCCAGACAUCCUGGUGCUGGGCUAUGACGGCGACUGGUAUGUGGGCAGGGAUAAUGUGCAACUAAAGUGUCGAGCCAAGGCCAACCCGCCUGCCCAGCACUUCAGAUGGAUCAGGUUGGAUGGAGAGAUGCCAGAUGGAGCAGAGGUGCUGAAUAACUCUUUGGUUUUUAUGAGGCCCCUGCAGAAGAACGACUCUGGCGUUUACAGGUGUGAGGUGGCAAACGAUAUCGGACUGCGCAGUCGAGACAUUAGAAUACGCAUUCAGGACAUGUCCCAGAAGCAGAUGACAUCCUCCAUGGCUAUUGCUGGGGCUGUGAUGGGAGCUGUGCUGGCACUCUUCCUCAUCACCGUCUUCACCAUCGUGCUCCUUACAGCACGCAAGGCUCCCCCAACCACAUACUCAGAUAAAGUAAUUGACCUCCCUCCAACUCACAAGCCUCCUCCUCCAUAUACAGAGAGACCUCCUGUCAUCCCACUGGCCUCUCAGGCCCCUCAGGUGGCCUCAUUCUCUCAGGCUCGUCGGAUGGAGAGGCACUACGAACUGGCCGAACGGGUGCCUGUCAGAAUGGCUCGGAGAGACCUCCACAGCCCCACUCACCAUUCACUGUCUUAUCAGGAGUGGAUCUGUCAUCAGAACGGGGCGGACCGAGUUUACAUCAACCAUAGAGAACACUACGUGUGAUGACGUCCUCGUGUCAACUGCAGCGCACUGCCAGCCCCAAAGUGAAAACUGUUUACGAGAAUACUGGGAGCAAAACAAAAUCACCGCCAUACAGUAAUUAGAACAUUGAACUAUUACUGGUGUAUAUACAAGGUCUAUAUAAUGCGCAAUGAAAACCCUGGCAGUAUGUAUUAUUAUUCUGGCUUGUUUAACAUUUACAGUAUAGUCCAAUAUAAAAUAAAUUACCUAGGCUGUCUAUAUGAGUCUCAUUGUUCACUCAUAUUACGAAUCUAGUGGUCAAGGGUGACUAUGGUUGACAUUACUAAGACUGUACAAAGUUUCCUAUAGGGAUCAUUGCCCUUUGAUUGUUUUACGACUUUUUCCUCAGUAAAAUGCUAUUUUUAUUCACUGUAGAUUGGUUGUCAUUUUAGGUGAGAUUUUGACAGACUGAGAUUUGUUUGCUUAUGACAGAUAGUGACUGCUAGAGUUCAUUCGCCAUAAGUUUUCUUGUUUACACUCUGAUGUACAGUAGAUGUGAAUUGGCAUCAUAAGGCACAUUCUUAUGUACUUUGCCCUUGCUUACAGUAUGUGUAUAGAUACUGUAUUAUGUAUCAUGUAAAUAUCUGAGCUCAUAAUAUCAGUGCGGCUUUUUGUUUAUAUAAGCUCAAUUAGAUCAUUUUUUGGUAACUUUUUUUCCCAGUUGGCUUAGUUAAACAUGAACUUUGAAUCUCAUAACCAAAGCAAUCUUUGAAUUACAGCAUAUCGAUAAUCAAAUAAAGCGAUGUAACCUGUA